CACGUAUCAGCAGCGCGCGCGCUACUCAACGCGAACGCUACUAUCACGUUCGCAAAUUCGCGAGCGUUCAGUCGAAUCGGACCAUUCGGCAAGGGACAGCGGUCGACCGUGGAAGAAUGAGAAGGAGGGCCGUUUCGCGUGUGGUUGUCACACUCAUUUCGCACCCCACUGACCGCCACCUGACUGACUGAGCCAUCACCGCGGAGCGUGUCUCCGCGUCGUGUUUACCGCAACCGUGAGAUUCGCGUUUACAGCUGCCGAAGGAGAAAAAACGCAAGCCAAAUAUACUCCGUCAAGACUGUCCCUCGGCCGCGGAUUCAUCUUGUCAGAUGAGCCGCCUCGAUCUCGUAAUUCGAUUAACGUGCAACAGCGGAGUAAGUUAGCCCGCGUCGCGCGAGCGUGUAUCACUGCUUCCUGUGUCACACAAUGCGUGAAUAACCCCGCCGUGGUUAAACCGUGGUGCGUACGUACUUGGCUUGUAAUGGGAAAUGUCAUCGACUCGCUCCCGUGACAUUUGCUUUGUGUGAAGCUCGCGAUAUCACUGGCCGAUUGCAAAGUGUGAUUUUGUGCCGCGUAAAUUAUCGCGCGUUACGAUUAGCGAACGCAAAUUUCAGUGACGUUUGUGCAAUUUUCUCAUAUCGUCGAACUUCCUGUGCAUACGUGUGCACAUUAGAAGUUUCUUUCCCGCUCGAGUAACGCGGUCAUCGUGUUCGGCGAGUUGAAAAAGGUGAAUUAUGCAUUCGACUCCUGCGUCUUGUGCGACGAUCGUAUAAACGUGUUUCACUAACAACAUGGAGUGCGAUACUUCCGUAUGAUUUAUGAUUAAAGGUAUAUCGCAGCUAUCGUACAAACACACACAACACGCGGGAGAGUAGAUUCAUGAAGAUAUUAGAAAUCCAUGUAUAACAAAUAUGUGUUGACGUGUACUCGGACGUGUGGAACUCUUCUACGGUGACACUUGGUCUUGUGUCAUGCGGAACAAAUCGGUUACUCUCAUCUUUGUGUCCCUUAUCUUAUGGGCUGUGGUUACAUACUUUAUAUUUUUGGACCAACCAGUCAGCAAGGACCAGGAUAAGGAUAAACUGUCAAAUCAAAUCAGUAGAUUGGAAAAGAGAAUAAAGCAACAGAUAAUUAUAAAUCAAGAACUUCUUGAAGGACUCAAUGAGAAUAAACGACGUAAAAAACAAUAUGAGAAAUCAAGCGCUGCCCAAUUGCCAAUAGAUGAGACAGAGAAGGAUAAAUAUAACAAGCAUGAGAACAAUAAGGUUAAGAGUAUCUUAUUGAAAAAGAUAGAAGAUAGCAAUGCCAGGAAAAAGAAACCAACGCAGGAUACUAAUUUACCUGACGAGCCAGUGCACAAUGCUGCCUCAUUGCAAAAGCUACCCGAUGGAUCUCCAAUAAUAGCUAUUUUGGUUGUUUCUUGUAAUCGUAUUACGGUAGAGCGAUGCUUAGAUCAAUUAAUAAAAUUAAGACCCAACAAGGAACAGUUCCCAAUAGUUGUAUCGCAAGACUGUGAUCAUCGACAAACUGCAGAUGUCAUAGCAAGAUAUGGAAAUCAACUGUUACAUGUAAAGCAACCUGAUCAAUCAGACAUUGAUAUACCACCUAAGGAAAAAAAAUUUAAGGGAUACUUUAAAAUUGCUCGUCACUAUAGAUGGGCGUUAAACCAAGUAUUCGUAAAGCUUGGAUACAAUACUGCAAUUAUAGUUGAAGAUGACUUGGAUAUUGCUCCAGACUUUUAUGAAUACUUCCUGGGGACUUACCCCCUAUUAGUAAAUGAUAGCUCUCUAUGGUGUGUGUCAGCGUGGAAUGACAAUGGUAAAGCCAGCUUAGUGGACGAGUAUGCGCCACAUUUACUUUAUAGAACAGAUUUCUUCCCUGGCUUAGGUUGGAUGCUUACACGUGAUUUAUGGCUGGAACUUGCAUCAAAGUGGCCCAAAUCGUAUUGGGACGAUUGGGUAAGGCAACCGGAACAGCGUAAGAAUCGAGCUUGCAUUCGCCCGGAAAUAUCGCGAACAAGAACAUUCGGGAAACUUGGAGUCAGCAACGGCUUAUUCUUUGAAAAACACUUGAAGUACAUCAAGCUGAAUGAACAAUUUGUGCCUUUCACCAAGAUGAAUCUAUCCUAUUUGCUAAAAGAUAAUUACGAUAUAGCUUUCGUCAAUGAUGUGUAUCAAUCGACGGUGGUUAGCUAUUCGGAAUUGAAGAGCGGUAAUAUAGUUGCUCCUGGUCCAGUACGGAUACCUUAUUACACUCGUCAAUCAUUCAAGAAUACAAGCAAGCUGCUUGGUCUAAUGGACGAUUUCAGGGUAAAGCAUCUGUUUGAUAUGUAGAGUGGUGUACCGAGAUCUGGAUAUCGCGGCGUGGUCACGUUUUUCUACAACGGACGGCGCGUGCAUUUAGCACCGAGUGCGAACUGGAGUGGCUACGACAUUACAUGGAGCUAACACAUGAUUGUGCUCUCGAAAGACUUGUAGAUUCCAGAAAUAAUCCGUGCAUUUUUCCUUUGAUACGCAACAGACUAGAUGAACGUAUUGUUUAUGGUGAACUGACGAUAUUUGUAUUUAUGUUUACAUCAUAGAACGUAUAUAUAUACUCUUGAAUAUAGAGUGGUGGUUACAUUCGUCGUUUUUGAAAAAUGUAAGAUUUUCUCCGUAAAAGCUAUUAACAUAUUCUUUAAUAGGUAUAUAAUAAGUUUGUGAUAUGUACAUGGAUGGAGUAAGUACCUCGCGUUGAAUCAGGAAGUAUCUCGUGCUUCUCAAGAGCAGUAUUCAUCACUUUUGUGUAUAUGAAAAUGCCUGAUAAAUUUUAUCACGAGAACGUGUUUAUGAAAUUUAUCACAUUUACAUAUGUGAAGUGCUGUUAAUGUUGAUGAAGCAAUACUUUCGAUUGAUUAAUGUAUCUUCCAAAAUGAGAAUAUGUUAAUAUAUUUUUGCUCAUGCUGCUUUUGUGGCGAUAAGUUUUGUUACAAGGUCAUGUGUCACGAUGAACAAAGUAUAUAGUUUUUUUCGAAAUACUCAA